AGCAACACAUUUCAAAAUCAAUCUCCGUGCUAGAUGUGACUCAUUUCAAGAAGUCUACCAAAAUCCCAUUUAUAGGAGUCUUUCCCAAAACCAGAUACAAUAUCCAGCAUUCAAAUCCAACCCAUCCGAGGAUUAACGAAUUUUACCUCCCUCAAUAUCUGAUGACUGGGUGCAAGAGAUCUUCAAUGCCACGGCAAUCCUCGUACAGUUCCCUCUAUGUCAACCCUCUCAAUGACCUCAGGCACAGCCGCAGCAGCAGUGAAGGCGGUGGGGGCUUCUGCUCAACCCCACGUAUAUUUACCGACAACAAAGAGAACGAUGUGCCCAACAGGAAACAAGACGAGAAGCCUGUCUUUUUUGGUACUGACAAAGAAAAUGUGGUGCCCCCAAAUGGGUUUGGUACGCCCAAGCGGUUCACCGGCAUGAAGUCUCUCUCCACAAACGGCAGGGUAUUGAAGCCAUCCUCGCUUCAGUUUUGCAUGCAAAUGAAUGAGCCUGAGAAGGCUUUUGGGUCGAAAAUUUGGGACCCUGCCGAAUCGGAAACCUCCAGUUCUUUGAAUAUUUGGGACUACUCCGAUUCUGAGGCUGCCCCGGCUUCUUCUUGGUCUACACUGCCUAAUAGGUCUUUGUUGUGUAGGCCAUUACCUCCGGAUAUAGGAAGGUGUACUUGUGUAAUUGUGAAAGAAGAAUCGCCGGAGGGACUACAUGGGGGUACUCUAUACGCUCUUUAUACGAAUGAAGGUCAGGGACGACAGAAUCGGAAACUAGCUGUUGCCCACCACAAGAGGAAUAACGGGAAGUCCGUGUUCACCAUAGCUCAGAAUACAAAAGGAAUAUUGUCUAGUAUGGAUGAUAGUUUUAUUGGGGCCGUCACAUCUAACCUCAUGGGUUCUAAAUACCAUAUUUGGGAUCAGGGGAAACGCCUUAAUGCCCUAACAAAUCAAUCUAAAUCACUUCUAGCUGUUGUCAGAUUCAUGACUACAAUAGCCACUUGUACCGGUAGUUACAGAAGUAUGAUGGUAUACAUACCCAAGCAUCAAUCCAUGCAGCUUAAGAACACAACUCAGGUACAACACAUUCAUGGACUGCCAAAGGAUUGGGAGGGAAAAGUGGACAAAGUUCAUCAGCUAUUCUCAAGAGUUCCGCAUUACAAUAAAAUUUCAAAGCAAAAUGAGUUAGACUAUAGAGACAGGGGAAGAGCUGGACUUAGAAUCCAGAGCUCUGUAAAGAAUUUCCAGCUGACUUUAGAGGAGAAUGGAAAACAAUCAAUCCUGCAGCUUGGAAGAGUGGGGAAGUCAAAGUACGUGAUGGAUUACAGAUAUCCUUUGACGGGUUUCCAAGCAUUUUGCGUAUGUUUGGCUUCUAUGGAUUCUAAGCUUUGUUGCAUGGUGUAAUGAUUUUUAUAUGCUGCUAUCUUUUUGCUGUUCAACCUCUGAGCGCGAACUUACAUUCCAACAUUUUAUUGUUAGCUCUGCUUCUCAUUCCGACCCAAGAACUUCAUCAUUUUAUGUAGAUGGACAAGCCGGAUGAAUGGGGGGCGUUUUGAUACCAUUGGAUAGUGAAUUUGAAGAAAUUCGAGCUAUAUAUUCUUAUAUUCUCUACAUAAAUGAAAAUGAGCACCCUUUUGUUAGUAAGUUGGUGCAAGUUGGUAA